AUGGCCAGCUGCAAGGGGAGCUUUGUGUCGAUUUUGAACAACGAUGAUAAUCCAUCAUUCGCUGUUCGAUCGGCUCCGAGCGUAUCUAGACAUCACCUGUCUUCUCCAAUAUAUCCAUAUCAGUGUGAGCUGCCGAAUCGCUCUCCAGACCUUGAACCGCGUUAUGGGAAUGCCUAUACCGAGUCAAUCGCAGUGUCCCCCAGGGUAACGAAGCCACCGUUCAACCCUGUGUCAGAUACAUCACAGUCCACUUCGCCUGGGUCGUCCGAUUGCUCAUAUGACUAUAUGACCAACCCUAGUGCUGAGCCAUAUUAUCAUCAUGGCCGUCAAGAAUUCUCCAGUUAUCCUCAAGCAGCCAUGGGUGCCCCGGAGAAGCGGCUCAGCGGCAACGCAAUGGUUGAUCCCCCGUCCCCGCCAACGUCCAUCGGAUCCAAAGACACAACUGCCCCCCGAGGAUCCCGGAAGAAUAAGUACCCUUGCCCGUUUGCUGCUAGCCACGGCUGUUCAGCUACAUUUACGACCUCGGGCCAUGCUGCACGCCAUGGCAAGAAACACACGGGAGAGAAAAGUGUCCAUUGUCCGAUUUGCAAUAAAGCAUUUACUCGGAAGGAUAAUAUGAAGCAGCACAUUCGGACGCACCGGACACAUUCAGAGGAUAUGCCAACGGGGACAAUGGAGCGGGACAGCGACGGGAAUAGCGGAUGGAGCAGUAGGAAAGCCAGCCCUACCCAACCACCAGCAAUCCGUGAACCAGUCUCAGGUAUAUGGGAACGCUUAUGA